AUGUUGGAGGAAGAUGAUUCUUUUCUAAAUGUUAAAAGAUCUCUGAAAAAGAGAAUGGUGAAACACAGCACCCCAGUGGACUCAAUGCUUUCAAGAACAGAUCUUACAGAUCUGACAAAUCAGUCAAUCAAGGACCAAGAUACCAGUAAGAGAGUUUAUGGAUCUCCAGUGCCAAAAUCAAAUACAAGUAGACCGUUACCUCAAGUAUCAUUAGUAAGCAUUAACGCAUACUUUCCUCAUAUGUCCCCCAAAAGGCUUUCAACAGUGUUUGACUCGCAAGAAUUAAAUAAAGAGAAAAGCCAAAGCUCUCAGCUUGUAUUUUCUAGAAGGAGGCUUUCCACUGUGUUGGCAUCUGAUGAAUCAAAUCAAGAGUCAAGUGACGUGGAAACUCAAGCUACUACCAAAGCAUUUGUGGAGGCUGCAGGAACUCACAAGAGUGGACCUUCACGGCUUGUUACUGGAAUACCAGGGAUUAAAGAUCUCCCAAUAGCAAAAACCAGAAAGAAGAAAACUGAUAAAGCUCUUGUGAGAAAGAAAGAAAGAGAAUGGCUACUUCGUCAACUUAAAAACAUCGAAGAGGCAACUAAACAUGAACUGAUAAUUGAAGAAGCUUGA